AUGCCGGUUUGUGCAGAUGCCUUCCAGGCCCUGUUGGCUGUGAAGACGCUAGGAAAGGACCCCGCUGGCUCGGAGGUCAUCGCGAGCCCCGCUAAUCUUAUGGCGCUGCUGGGAAUGGUGAACGCCUUCAAAGACAACGCUGAUGCUUCCAAUGAGGCCCUCCGAUGUCUCGCGAAUGCGCUGUUGUUAAUCAGCGGCGCGCGGGAUACAUUCGUUCGGAAGGAUGUGGGUGGCGGAGAGGCGAUUAUUGAGCUGUUCGAGAAAGCGACUUACCCAGAACGCAUAUUCCUUGCAUCUCGUAUUUUGUUCCUGUGUACAGUCUCAAUGGCGUCGUCUUCCAGCUACAUCAAGACUCUUGUUGAGGCUAAGCCACAGGGACACCCUGGAAAUAUUGUCGAAGUUAUUGGUGUGAAACUUGACUCUCUGUCGAAAAGUAUAAUGUCAAGCGCGAGGCUGUCACGAGAGGCGAUGACCGAUCUACUGAAAUUCACGUUUAAUUUGUUGUUACACUACCCCAAGAUCGCUGAUGAUGCACAAGAUGUCACCCCAAGAAAUGAAGAUGAAGCCAAGGUCAUGGGCGACUGUUGGAGCAGUCGUCUCGAUGGUAUUCUUCUGCCCCUUCUCCGAACGUUCAACACCCUACCAUCGACCUUCCCUUCCCCCUUGCAACCUCCCAUGACUCACGUUAUUCAUUCUCUCAUCACUAUUCCCGUUACACCUUCAUUGCAGCCGAAGUGGUUUCCGGGCGGUGCAGGCUCUCCCCGUUCCGCCACGCCCAAGAGCAGGGAGUCGCCACAGACCUCGCCCGGAGGAAGCAACGGCGGCUCGCCUACGCUCGGACCGUCCAAGGAGCUCAAGCAGAGCGCGUUCGACCGUGCAUUCAACGCACUCAGUGUCGGACGGCGGUCUCUGUCGUUAUCUCGGUCCGCCUCGCCGUCCUCGCGCACUCCAGUGGAUACGCUGCAGCGCGCAUUCGAUCUGCUUGACAUCUCGCUGCUCUACUACCUGCCGAGUACCGUGGACCCAGAUGACUCGAGCGUGCGAGAGCGCGCACGCGCAGAAGGCAGCAGCCUUGAUGAUAUCCUGGUACCGCUCGUACUUCUCGUGAACAAAAUGUGCGUGGGGGACGAUGCGUCGCGCGCGCGCAUGCGGGAGUGGCUUCUGCCCGCGGAUCUCGACCGUACGUCGCCGCUUGAGGGGCGGGCGGACUUCCUAGGGCGCACCCUACGCCUCAUGUCGUGUGUGCACCACACGAAACUCAAGUCUGCUACUGGAGAGAUGAUGUACGCGAUCUGCGACUCUGAUGCGAGCCUCCUCGCAUCUUACGUAGGCUACGGCAACGUCGCCGGCUUCCUCUUCCACAAGGGCAUCACCGGACAGCCGACGCGGCCGUCGAACUCUACCGUCCCGUCGACGACGCCGUCAGGCAUGCCUAUCAACCCGAUCACCGGCAUCGCGGAGCAGCCGAAGGAAGAGAUCGAGAUGACCGAUGAGGAGAAGGAGCGCGAGGCGGAGAAGCUGUUUGUCUUGUUCGAUCGCCUCGAGAGGAGCGGCGCCCUCCAGCCCAGCCAGAAUCCGAUCAGGAAGGCCGCACAGGAAGGGCGUCUGGGGUAG